GUGAAAGUAGAUUACUGGAAGUUAUAAAUAAGCCUAAAAUCCACGGGUGAAUACGGAAGUAGCCAUUUGACAACAUGGCAGCUUGGGGAGCUUCACAGGAAGACGUAGAACAUAAUGUUCAUGACGAUACUGCAAGUAGUGAAAAAAGCACUGUGGACACUUCUUCGACGGAUACACAUACAAUACUAGGUAGGAAUCGGUCGUUGAGGAACGUAGUUAAAGAACUACAGAGAACAUUUCAUAUGUAUAAAGACACAAUGGAAGAAUUGAUAGUAAAGCCUGUGAUGAUUCUUGAGGAGCAAACUCACAAUGAUAUCUCUGCAGCCAAAGGUCAACUGAAAGAGUCUGAAAAAUUUUUAACACAAGCUGUUAUAUUACUGAAAGAUGGUGUUGAAACAAUGAAGGAAGCAAUGAAUAAACACAGCCGUAAAAUCGAUGAAUUGUGUAACUAUGAAGAAUGUUCGAGCGAAUUUUCAUGUGACAUUCUUCCUACAGACUUCCAAAUACCGACAGAAGUUCAAAAUUUCACAGAUCAUCAUAAUGAGAUUGGAAGAUUUUACCAUGUAGAAAAUCAAAAGUUAUCUGAAAUUCAAAAGCCCGUUAAAUGCUACAUCUGUAAUGACAUGAUACAAGAAAACAGGUUAAUGCUAGGCAUAAGCAUGUCCUAUCAUUCUAACUGCUUCAGAUGUUGUACAUGCAACAAAUGUCUAGAAGGUAAAUCAUUUAUGCUGAUUGAAGACGAUGUAUAUUGUAUCGACGAUUUUUAUAGAAAUUUUCCUUUAAAAUCUGUAUUCUGUGGACAAUGUUCUAAGCUGCUACAGAGAAGGGACAGUCAAGCUGUAAAAAGCAUCAAAUCACUGAAAAGGGAUAACAUUGGUGUUAUAAAUGAUAUUAGACCAACGUCGAGAACAGAUAAAAGAAGCGCCAAUUCUAGAUGUUCAGCUUCUGCUAAUGGAAAACCAUUAAAUCCCAUACCCUCAAACAGUCCUAUUAAACCCAUUUUUAUAGUUGGAAACAGAAUACCAUCUAGAAGCUUUGAAAUGUUGUCUGGUGAUAGACCUGGUACCACAAGCUCACAGAGAAUGAUCGGAAAUUACAGGAGAAAACUACCGCCAUUAUCAGAAUCCAAGUCACCUAAGUCACAGUUGCAAGAAUUCCCAGAACAGAAUAAAAAUAGAGGCAAAGGAUUGACUAUGCAAGGGGUUCGAAGUGAUCUACGAAUCCGCAGCGAUAUUGGACCACGAAAACAAGAGGGUCUAAAGCAAAUUAGUGACCCAAGAUGUGUUUCACUAAGACCGAAAACUUUGUAAGCUGUUUAUGUUUUACCCAGUUACCCAUUGACGAUUAUCAACACACAUUUAAGAUAAGAGCAGCUCUCAAGAAUCACACUGAGCUUCAAAGCUGGAUUUACAAGACACCUAGCAUCGAUGUGAAAUAUUGCGUGUUACACUGAUUGGCAUUGCUGCGUGUGCACUUACAGACUAAGCGUAAAGACGUCAUACACAGUCUUAGAAACGCAUGACCUUGUGCAAUUCCGAAAUAAAAGCAAACAACAUCGACUGGAUGUAGGAUCAUAAGUUCUCAUAACUGUACAUUUAUAGCAAUAUCUAUUUCAGUAAUGUUUAUUUUUUUUUCAAAAUCAGAAUCAAUAUUAGUAUCGAUAGAAGCAAUAUCUAAAUAUUUUACCACUGUGUUAAAUUGAUUACCUUUAAAGUCAUAUGAUACAUCAAAUUCAAUU